AUGGUCAAACCGGUUCAACGCAAAGGCAACAUCAUGGCUCAAUCUACAUACACCUCCGUCGUCCUUGCCCAGCGCCCCAAGGCUCUCAUCGUGCCGGGCGAGACCUUUACCCUGAAGGAAAACCCCAUGCUCAGCGAGAAGGAUCUCGAAGAUGGCCAGGUUCUGGUUGAGACGCUGUACUUGUCGCUUGAUCCGGCGAUGAGGGGGUGGUUAAAUGACAAACGCUCGUACAUCCCGCCUAUCCAAAUUGGCGCUGUGAUGCGAGGAACUGUCAUCGGAAAGGUCCUAGCAAGCAAGUCGUCGAAGUUCAGCGUUGGGAACUACGUUACGGCGCCUUCCGGGUGGUCCGAAAUAGCGAUUGUUAACCAGAAAGAGAUCUCUCUCCUCCAGAUCCCAGAGAACGGAAAAGUUACGGAUUCUCUCGGGGUGCUCGGAAUGACUGGUCUUACUGCGUACUUCGGCAUCACAGACGUGGGACAGGUCAAGGCCGGUGAUUUUGUGGUCGUGUCUGGCGCCGCAGGUGCGACUGGAAGCGUGGUGUGCCAAAUCGCCAAGCUCAAGGGAGCAACAGUCUUGGGACUGGCGGGAAGCGAUGAGAAGGUCAAAUGGCUGAAGGACCUCGGAUGCGAUGAUGCUUUGAACUAUAAGAGCCCUGACUUCGUGAAAGAUUUCAAGGAGAAGACACCGGAUCUGAUUGAUGUUUUCUUCGACAAUGUUGGGGGCCAAAUUUUGGAGCUUGCGUUGAGCAGAGCGAAACCUCAUGCACGAUUCGUCAUGUGCGGUGCUAUCAGUCAGUACAACUCUGCUCAACCGGUUGGGCCAAAGAACAUUACCAUGGUGAUUACCAUGCGCAUCAAGAUGCAAGGUUUUAUCGUCUUCGACUAUAUUCCCCAAUACCCCGCAGCUCGAGCCGAACUCGCGAAGUGGCUGUCCGAGGGUAAGCUGCAACGCAAGGAGACGAUCAUCAAGGGUGGUCUCAAGGCUGCCGAAAAGGCUCUCGUCGACCUUUACAAUGGUGUGAACACUGGUAAGUUGCUGGUAGAGGUCAAGUCGGAGGAUCCCGAGAGCACUACUUCAUCCAGGCUGUAG